CACGUCUGGGACGGCCCAAGGGCUUUGGGAUCAGUCGCUUAAGGGCCCCCAAAGUUACAGCAGGACAAGUAAACUGAUCCCGGGUCAGCCCCUGAAACAUGGACCGGUUCAGCUGUUACAUGGAAAGCUUCCCAGGGGGGCCCGCGGCGGUUAUUUUAUCAGGCUGGCCACAAAUUCAGCGACUAUGUGCGAGUUCAUCAGUAGACAAACUGGUCUGGUAGGUGUGCGUUUGUGUGUGUUUUUUUGUAUAUUUGUGUGUGUGUGUGUGUGUGCACCAUUCCAGGGUUGGAGUGCUCGGCCAAGAACACACUUGCACUUGAAUCGCACAGGAUGAGGAUGGCAUCGCAUCAGAGGUAGUAAAUGAUUGACAGUUUACGUCGGCCAAAAUCUUUUUCCAUUGUGAUUACCUUGGACGAGUUUUAUUCAGAAGCUCUGGUGAGUGUUGACGUUGAAUUUUUAUCUGGUUGAGUGAUGCAGUCGUUUUCCCGGAUUGGGUUUUAAGACUGGUCGGGGGGUUUCAAGACUAGGUUGAAAUUUCAGGUCAGAUUCAAGGUUAGGUGUUCGAGACUGGUUACAAAACUGGGUUUGUGGUUUUAAGACAAUGUUUAGGUUUCAAUUUGGAACUUUAAUAAGAUUUCGGGUCCGGGUUUCAAGAUUGUGUUUGUGUUUUAUGUUCAGUUUAGAAUUCUUGUUUGGGGUUUCAAGUUUGGGUUGAGGUUUCAGAUCAGGCUUAGGGUUGCUCGAUACAGUCUGCUUGCAAAGGAUUUGAACGGUGACCUUGUUUGUUUGUUCCUCAACAGGAAAUAAAUGAUCAGCUGUCGAAAGACGAGCCUCACCUGAAGCUGACAAAUGGCCAUCCAGGAGGUUUGUCUUGUCUUCACCCUCCAAACACUGCCACCUGACGGCUUUACUCCUGAUCUCGGUGCUGGGUGCGAUUCUGGGCUCACUGCAGGUGGGCUACCACACGGGAAAUGUCAACGCGCCCGCAAAGAUCAUGGAAGAGUUCUUCAACCAGACCUGGAAGGACCGAUAUAAUGAAACCUUGUCAGAGCAAAGCCUCACCCUGCUGUGGUCCCUCUCCGUCAGCAUCAAGGACUUUGGAUCCCUAUUGGGCUCCUUGGGGGUCAAAUACUUGGCAGACAAUUUUGGACGGCGUAACUCCAUCUUGAUUGUCAACUGCCUGUCGCUGGUGGGGGUAUCCCUGAUGGUGGUAUCCAAAACCAUUGAAUCCUUUGAGGCUCUGAUCCUGGGCAGGCUGCUUUUCGGACUCUUCUGCGGCUUGGUGAUGAGCCUCAAUCCGCUCUACGUCCAGGAAGUGUCGCCCACCGUGAUGAGGGGCGCCUUCGCCACCCUCAACCAAGUGUCCUUUGCCUCGGGGAUCCUGCUGGGGAUGGUGUCGGGACUGGAGACCAUGUUGGGCACAGAGGAACUUUGGACCGUGAUGCUGUCCUUGUCCUUGAUCCCGGCGGUGUUGCAGUACUUCAUCCUGCCUUUCUGUCCCGAGAGCCCUCGAUUCCUGCUCCUCAACAAGGGGCAGGAGAGCAAGGCCGAUGCUGCCCUGCUUAGACUGCGAGGAAGUCCCGAGCCGGUGCUGGCCGAGCUGGAGGAGAUGAAAGCCGAGGCCGCGCACACUCAGGCGUCGGUCGGAGUCUUGGAGUUUUUCCAGAAGCGAAGCUACAGGCAGCCAAUCAUUAUCGUCCUCUUCAUCAACCUGGCCAGCCAGCUGUCAGGAUUCAACGCGAUCAUCAACUACUCCACCAGGAUGUUCCAGCCUUAUUUCGAGGAGGCCAAGUACCUGACUCUCGGUGUGGGGGCCGUCAACGUGGUCUUCACUUUAGUGGCCUUCUUUCUGAUGGAAAAAGCCGGAAGGAGGCGACUGCUCCUGAUCGGCUUCAUUAUCAUCGCCGUGUGCAACCUCCUCUUGACUGUCGUAGAUUCUGUGGUGCAAACGGUGCCCGCGCUAGGGAUCCUGCAGGUCCUGGUGGUGUUCUGCCUGAUCUCGGCGUACGAGCUCGGGCCGGGCCCCAUCUCCUGGUUCAUCGCGGGCGAGCUGUUCGACCAGCGCGGCAGGUCCAUCGCCAUGGCCUUCGCCAGCAUGCUCAACUGGGGAGGGAAAUUCCUCCUGGCGCUUCUCUUUCCUCCCGUACUGAAAGUCAUCGGCGGCUACUCUUACCUCCUCUUCAUGGUCAUGGCUCUGAUCGGCUUCGUCUUCACCUGGUUCCGAGUUCCCGAGACCAAGGGUCGCACAUUUGACGAAAUUGCCGAGGCGUUCCGGGGGGCAGAAAACCUUCCUUUGCACGAUAAGAAGGGCUUCAACACCUUCAGCUAAGCGGCUCACUCACCACUGGUGGCCCCGAUUGUUUUUUAGCUAACCAUCCAAAAACGUAGUUGCACUGAGGAACUCAUCAAAGACUCAAAAACUGUUACCUGGAACUUUGGGUCUCCUUUAUCUCAAUCGCGUGCACAGACCUACUGGAUGGAAAUGAAAAUUUUAAAAUGCCAUUCAAGCUAUAUUUGGGAAGUGAUGAAAUGUUUUGAAUAUUUAAAAGACAAAGCGAUGUGGCGGAUGAAUCCUUUAUUGUAUUUUAAAGUAUUGAUGAAGAAUGGAUGAGACACUGGAAUGAGGAGGCAAAGAAGAAAUGUAACCAAAUAAAGUGUCACAAGUAGAACCUGA